GUAUAUAUUCGGCGUGGUCUACGGUGUUAUAAAUGAACUGAAGACUUGCCUUAAAGUCUCUUUUUUUUGUAUUGAAGUCAAGCUGCUGUACAAGGGGAGUCCGAGCUACAGAGUAGCUUUGACUUACAAAGAGCAAGCAUGGCAGAACAAGCAUGUGUCACCUUGGCCACAAAUGACAGCUAUGCAAAGGGAGCUAUGGUGCUUGGAAAAUCCCUUAGGAACCACAAGACUUCGAAAAAGCUGGUGGUGCUCAUUGGACCCCACGUGUCAGAUCAGUCCAGGGCAGUUCUUCAUAAGAUCUAUGAUGAAGUCAAGCUAGUGGACGUGAUGGAGAGUGGAGACACCGCACAUUUGGCCAUGAUGAAAAGACCUGAUCUGGGUGUAACAUUUACUAAGCUUCACUGCUGGACCCUCACACAUUACUCGAAAUGUGUUUUUAUGGAUGCAGACACACUGGUGGUAUCAAACAUAGAUGAGCUGUUUGACAGGGAGGAACUGUCUGCAGCCCCAGACCCCGGCUGGCCAGAUUGUUUCAACUCUGGCGUGUUUGUUUUUUGCCCAUCUAUGGAAACCUACGGCAAACUUCUCCAGUACUGCACAGAGCACGGCAGCUUUGACGGAGGGGACCAAGGAGUCCUGAACGGCUUCUUCAGUGAUUGGUCAACAGCUGAUAUCACAAAACACCUUCCAUUCAUCUAUAAUAUGAGUAGCAUAGCAAUCUACACGUACCUACCAGCAUUUAAACAAUAUGGUGCAAAUGCAAAGGUUGUCCACUUCCUGGGACAGAUGAAGCCAUGGAGCUACACGUACGACCCUAAGCAGAGGAGAGUGCGAGGGGACGCUCAGGCAAUGUCUCACCCCAGCUUCCUCCUGGAGUGGUGGGCUCUGUAUAGCAGUGAAGUGGUGCCCAUGUUGCUCAGAGAGUAUGGAGACCAGCCCUUCUACUCCGGCUGUGAGGAGGAUGUUGCACAGAGUCAGCAUGCUCCCCCGCCCAUGUCCUCAGCAGAGCGCAAGCAGAAAUGGGAACAGGGCCAGGCUGACUACAUGGGAAUAGACUCUUUUGACAAUAUCCAGAAAAAGCUUGAUGCUUUCCUUAAAUAAAAAGGCAGGGUUGAGGGUAUUUCAAACCAUGAAUGCUCACCAUGCACUUUUACAAGAGGAAAUUUCAAGAACAUGUAGAUGCACUGCUACAAUGCUCUUUGAAAGAAAUGUGUGAGCGUAUACUUUCAGCUAUGCAAGACUGUGGCAUUGCAGUUUACUUAGUCGCCCUCUUUUUUUUCUUUUCAUACACUGUGAAACUAGCCCUUUUUGUGGGUUAAAGGAACUUUACCAUGAAACCUUCUCAAGCAAAAUGUGAAUUCUAAAGAGCACAGCAAUUACAUGGAAGUUUUAGCAAGAUAUAUAGUUUCAGGUCACCCAUGUGCCAACUCUUUUUACAUGGUGAUGCUUUGGCACUUGUUGACCCCUCGUGUUCAAAGUGUCUUGUUGCCAAUGCCAGCAUUUAUAAAUGAAACCUCAAACUGUAUUCCAACUUUUUUCUGAAGUCAUAUUCUGGAAGUCAAACUGAUUUUUCAAACUUUAGUUUAAUCUCUACCUUAGUGUUUCACUUUUUAAGGGGCAAUGCCUUUGAAUGUUACAGUCUCUGUUUUUUGUUUUGUUUUUUAUUUACAUUUCACAUGAUCUGUUCUUUGGUUUACAGCUGUCAUCUCUGUGCAAUAUACAGGCACGUUCCUUGCCUUUACCGUCUCUUUUAUUACUCUAUAGCUUUUGUCUGUGUUUUUCUUUUCUUGUAUCUCUGUUCCUCUUUAAUCCAGUGUUACGGGGCCUCUGUCCCAUUCAACAGCUAAAUAAAGCC